UCCGGACCAUGUCCGCUAAGCUCCUGCCGGUUUUCUUCCUCCUCUCAGUGUUCCACGCUUGUUCUAGAAAGGUUGAAGAGGAUGAAUAUGAAGAUGGAACUAACCAAGAAUGGGUUUUAGCUCCAAAAACACAAGACAGAGAUGUGACUCUCAUACUAAACAAGCUGUUGAGAGAGUAUGACAAAAAGCUGCGGCCAGAUAUUGGAAUAAAACCAACAGUUAUUGAUGUUGACAUUUAUGUUAACAGCAUUGGUCCUGUAUCAUCAAUAAAUAUGGAACAUAAAGCAGUAGGAAAUUGGAUGCUGAAAGGAAAUCUUCUCUAAUGAGGGCCUUGCAAAGCCUUAUUGCUACAGCUUG